UGAGGUCAGGGUUGCCAUGGUUACCAGAACCUCCUGGUUUCUUCCUCCGGACGUUUCGGAACCAGUGGCACUCGGUCCAGUUUCCCUCCCAUCCGGUGCCAGGCGGUUCUGGAGGGUUCUGGAGAACCGGGAUGUUUUCCUGCUCUGUUUGCUCCACAGCUUCAGGAUCAGCCUCUGACGUCACGCCGCUGCGCUGGUCCAAUCAGCAGCGUCCUGGACCGGGUCUGGGUCCGAUCCGCCGCGCCUGGAACCGCAGAGGGAAGCAGCGGCGGCGGAACCGGGAUGAUCCGCAGAACCGGGCGGUUCUGGUGAGGGAUGGAGACCCGGAGUUCUGGAGUCCGACCCAUGUUCGGUCUGGUUCUGCUGCUGGUCUGGGUCAGCCCGCCGAGCUGCCGGGCCAGCUGGAUGUGGCUGGGCGUGACGUCCGGCGGUGACCCGGUUCUGAGCGGCCGGCAGCGGGCCGUGUGCCGCGGGAAGCCCUUCCUGCUGCCCGGCGUGCGGGACGGAGCCCGGCUGGCCGUGGCGGAGUGUCGGAACCAGUUCCGACUGGAGCGCUGGAACUGCUCCACGACCCGGAACCCUGCGGCCGUGUUCGGCCACGAACUGACGAGCGAGGAAGUGAUGUCAGAACGUCUCCAUCCCGCAGGAACCAAGGAGACGGCGUUCAUCUACGCGGUGAUGGCGGCGGGUCUGGUCCACUCCAUCACCCGGUCCUGCAGCCAGGGCAACAUGACGGAGUGCGGCUGCGACGCCCGGCUGCGCGGCGGCGGCACGGCGGCGGAGGAGGAGGGCUGGCACUGGGGCGGCUGCUCGGACCACAUCCGGUUCGGAACCUGGUUCAGCCGGAGGUUCAUGGACGUCUCGGAGAAGAACUCGUCAAUGGACCGAGUCGGGUUCACGCUCGGCACCAUGAACCAGCACAACGCCGAAGCCGGACGGCAGGCCAUCGAGACGACCAUGUCCACAGACUGUCGCUGCCACGGUAUUUCUGGUUCCUGCGCAGUGAAGACCUGCUGGAGGUCCAUGGCGCCGUUCCAGCGUGUCGGCGCCUUCCUGAAGGAGCGAUACGAGCGCAGCGUCCAGGUGUCGGACCGGGCCAGGAGGAAGACCAGAAAAAAGGACCAGCGCCAUCUUGUGGACAAAAACGAACUCAUCUACCUGAACAAGUCUCCAAACUACUGCCUGGAGGACAGGCGGCGCGGCAUCGCCGGCACCAGGGGGCGCCGCUGCAACCGGACCUCCACCGCCCCGGAUGGCUGCAACCUGCUUUGCUGCGGCAGAGGCUACAACACUCAUGUGGUGAGGAACAUCCAGCGCUGCGAGUGCAAAUUUGUCUGGUGCUGCUACGUCCACUGCAGACGCUGCGAGAGCAUGAACGACAUGCACACCUGUAAAUAAGUCCACACCUGGAAGGGAAGAGAAGACAGUCCUGCGUGGAUGGAGGUUCUGAUCAGAUCAGGAUCUGGAUGAAACAGCUGCAGGUCACUGCUGGAGCCUGGAGGAAGCCUGGAAGCAGCCUCCAGGCAGGACUUGGUCUUCCUCCAGGUCUUCUCUGCGGGACGUGUCCACCUGGAGAAGAACCUGAGACCCAACAUGGACACGUUUUCAUUUGCAGCUGAUGUAGUAGAACCUUUAAAACCAGGGAUGUGUCGAUACCGUGUUCCUUCAAACCCAGUACAAGUUAAACGUACAUGCCAGUACUUUCUGAUGCCAGAUAAUGAGUACCAGGUAGUACCAGGUACUCAUUAGUACUGGGUACUAAUGAGUACUUACACACCAAUACGCAUAACACAACCAGUUUGAGAACAUUUUGUUUUCAUUCAGUACAUUUAACUACAACAGAACUACAAGGUCAGAGUAUUUUAACUGUAGGACUACUCUACAGUAUUUUACCGACCAGAACCAACAGAACCACACUCGUUCAGUCCUCCCACUUUUCAACUGUGUCGUCAAACAUGUAGAGGGUGAAUCCAGAAACGGUUGUUUUCGACGGAUAGAGAUUUUACUCUCAAAAGACAUGUUAUCAGUCUAUGAUGAAGCUAACGAUUCGCUAAUGCUGCUCUUCCAGAUGUCAGCUCCUUGCUGAAAACAUUCAUCUUCACCAAGUCCUGAAGUUCAGGCAACUUGGUGAUGGCUAGCAAUCUCCUACUUUGGAGAUUUUGAGAAGAUCUCCAAAUAUCUGCAAAGUACCAAAACUGGCAAUCCGAUCAAACUGUUGCCUGAGAACCUGAGUUAUUAAUUCAGAGAUUACUACAGGGUUGGUUGUUGCUGCUGUUGCAAAACUCCUUGAACUCCGUGGCUUGCUGAUUUCUAACUGUUUUCUCAGAUUGCUGGUGU